AUGGAAAGCACCCUGAUCAGCAUCUUCACUAUUCUCAUGGUUGUGGAGUUUAUAUUCGGAAACGUGAGCAAUGGAUUCAUAGUGCUGACAAACUGCAUUGACUGGGUCAGGAAAAGAACCCUUUCCUUGGUUAGUUGGAUCCUGCUCUUCUUGGCCAUUUUCAGAAUGAUUUUGAUUUGGGAAAUGCUGUUUGCGUGGCUGACAUAUCUGCAGAAUUCAUUUUUAUUUGUGGCUGGAAUAGAAAUAAGGGUUAUUAUGUUGACCUGGGUAGUUUCCAACCACUUUACUCUGUGGCUUGCCACCAUCCUCGGCAUUUUUUAUUUGCUAAAAAUAGCCAGCUUUUCCACGCCUGCUUUUCUCUAUCUGAAGUGGAGAGUAAGGAAAGUGCUUCUGAUGAUACUUCUGGGAAAUUUGGUCUUCUUGCUGUUCAACAUACUACAAAUAAGCAAACAUUUAGACAAUUGGAUGUAUCAAUAUGAAAGAAAUAUGACCUGGAGUUCCAGAACGAAUGAGUUUGUGAGGUUUUCAAAGCUGGUUUUAUUCGAGAUGAUUGUGUUCUCUGUAAUACCAUUCAUGGUGGCCCUAGUCUCUUUCAUCCUGCUAAUCUUUUCUUUGUGGAAACAUCUCCAGAAGAUGCAUCUUAGUUCCAGAGGAGAACAAGAUUCCAGCACCAAAGCCCAUGUGAAUGCCUUGAGAAUUAUCGUCUCCUUCCUUUUACUCUAUGCCACUUACUUCAUAUCCUUUUUUAUAUCACUCAUUCCUAUGAUGCAUCAAAAUGGAAUAGAUCAUAUGUUUAGCCUAACUGUUGGACUUUUCUACCCUUCAGGUCACUCAUUCAUCUUGAUUCUGGGACAUCCUAAUUUAAGACAAGCCUGUCUUUUGGUGGUGACACGACUGAGGUAUGGGCAAAAACAUUAG